GGCUUCUCUGUGCCCGGCAGCAAUGCCUGCCGCGGGCACGUUUGGAUCGGUUCUGGCUUCCGUGGGCUCCUGACCGCGCGCCGCCCGCUCUGUCUUCUUCCCCCUGACUCCCGUUUGGCCAGGCUGCUCCUCGAACGCCCGCACCGCCGCCGGGAUGGACCUCCUGCAGAAAAGCAAAUACAACCACCUGCGUAAUGACUCCCUCUCCUCCCUGGAAGACGGGUCUCUGGCGGCAGAAGGGGACUCCCCCGUCGAGCCCUUGCUGGCUGACCCCUCCCUCCCCAGUUCGCUGUCUUCGUCCUCCCUCAGCCCCAUGCUGCCGCUGGGCGAGCUCUCGUCGGAGUCGGAGGACAGCCCCACCACCCUGUGCUCUUUCUUCCCCAAGAUGGCCAACCUGAAGCUGUCCAACCCGGCCACCCUCCUCAGCCUCCGGGCCUUCUCCAGGGAGGCCGGCGGCUCCGCAGGGGAGCCUCCUCUGCCCCCUCUGCCUGCCGCCGCGGCUCCCCCCCACCCGGACUCAGCAGGGACUGUCGGUCUCUAUUCCCAGGAUAUGAACAAGCUGGGCUGCAGCAAGAAGAUGCGGGUGGAGGGCGGCCAGCUCGGUGGCGACGAGUGGACCCGGCACGGCAGCUUCGUCAACAAGCCCAGCCGGGGCUGGCUGCACCCUGACGACAAAGUGAUGGGCCCCGGAGUCUCCUACCUCGUCCGGUAUAUGGGUUGUGUGGAAGUCCUCCAGUCGAUGCGGGCUCUUGACUUCAGCACGCGGACUCAAGUGACAAGGGAGGCCAUCGGCCUCGUCUGCGAAGCCGUGCCUGGUGCCAAGGGAGCCGUCCGCAGGAGAAAGCCCUGCGGCCGCUCGCUCAAUUCCAUCCUUGGCAAGAGCAACUUGAAGUUUGCCGGCAUGCCCAUCACGCUCACCAUCUCCACCAGCAGCCUCAACCUCAUGGCGUCCGACUGUAAGCAGAUCAUUGCCAACCAUCAUAUGCAGUCGAUUUCAUUCGCAUCUGGAGGGGAUCCGGACACAGCUGAGUAUGUUGCCUAUGUUGCCAAAGACCCCGUCAACCACAGAGCCUGCCACAUCCUGGAGUGCCCCGAGGGGCUGGCGCAAGACGUGAUCAGCACCAUCGGGCAGGCCUUCGAAUUGCGCUUCAAGCAGUACCUCAAGAACCCCCCCAAGCUCGUCACCCCCGCCCGACAGGUACGGGCACUGAUGGCGGGUUUCGACGGUUCCGCUUGGGAUGAAGAAGAGGAACCCCCACCCGAUCACCAGUACUACAACGACUUCCCCGGGAAGGAGCCGCCCCUGGGCGGCGUGGUGGACAUGCGCUUGCGGGACGGAGCCGCAGCGGCCCCGACGCCCAACCAUUUGGGAGCCACCCUGCCCGUUGGCCAGAUGUCUGGGGGGGACUAUGACUCCAGGAAACCGCACGUCGCCACACAAGGAAGGGAUAGAUGCCCAUCCGGCCGCACGGAUCUCUUUGACGACCCCUCCUACGUGAACGUGCAGAAUCUGGAGAAAGCGCGGCAGGGCAGUCCGGGAGCCACCGCCAAUGGCAGCGCCCAAAGAGAUCUCUUUGACAUGAAGCCUUUUGAGGAUGCCUUGCGGGUGCCGCCUCCCCCCGCCCCGCCAGCCCAGUUGGUGGCCUCCAUGGAGGAGCAGCUGCGCCAGGAGCCCUGGUACCACGGCCGGAUGAGCCGCAAAGAAGCCGAGAAGCUGCUGCAGGCCAAUGGGGACUUCCUGGUGCGGGAGAGUACCUCCACCCCGGGCCAGCAUGUGCUGACCGGCUUGCAGGGCGGGCAGCCCAAACACCUGCUUCUCGUCGACCCUGAAGGCGUGGUCCGGACGAAGGAUCACCGCUUCGAGAGCGUCAGCCACCUCAUCAGCUACCACAUGGACAAUCGGCUGCCGAUUAUCUCGGCCGGCAGUGAGCUUUGCCUACAGCAGCCCGUGGAGCGGAGAUCGUGAGGAGGAACCCGGGGGUCGGGAGCGUCGUCCGGAUCUCCCUCCCGCCCCGCAGUCGCCGCCUUGCCCCUGGCCUCCGCUGCUCCUCGGCUCGCCCUGCCUUUACGGGUCCCGCUCACGGGUCGGCUUGUGCCGCCUCACCCUGGGCGUCACGGCUUCCUCCAGAGCCGCAGCCGUCUCUGCCAAAGCGUCUCCCUCUGAGCUUGGAUUCUCCAACUCCUUUUUUUUGGUAGAAGAAACUCUUGCUCGCCUCCAGAAACACACACACGCCCGCACACGCCCCUGCACUUAUUGUCUCGCCCCCUUCUCGUCACUAAGCAAGUUCCGGAGCAGCGCUCCCUCACCUUCCCCAAAAACACUUGCCAAGGGGGCUAGCCCUCAUUGAGGGUGCUCAAGUCUUGGUUUCACGGCACCCUUCCAGAUUUUAUGCCUACAGCUUCCUGAGCUGGCACAAAAGGACCCCGAGCGCUACCUGUGCCCCCGCCAGGUAACCUCACCUGACCCCUUUCGGUAGCGGGGGUGGGUGGGCGAAACGACCAUCCGCACCCUUGCCGGAUCUUCUCCUGAUGCCAAAGCCCCCUGAGGGUGUUUCUUGUGUGAUGGGGAGAGGAGUGCCGGGUGGGGUGAGGGAAGAGGGGUGGGGGGGGAAGUGACGGCCUCUCCCCCUUUUUUCAAAGCACAAAAAAGAAGGUGUCCCCCCCAAGCCCUGCUCCCCAAAAUCCUAACCCCAUCACCGCCUCACUUUACAUAUUAACUCUGUGUGCCUUGACCCUUUUAUAGGUCUGAGAUUUUAUGCAAAAUCCCUCCUGCCUGGGCAGCAGCAACGUCCCUCGGCCUGUUUUGGAGGGGAAGUAGGGGGCGGGGGGGGAAGCUGUCCUCCUUCUUUCUCCCCACCCCCAGAUCCGCCACAGUCCCUGCACAGCUGCCGUGGCUCUGGCCAACCUCCCUCCCCCCCUACCAUUGGCAAAGACAGGCUGAGCUGCCGUGGGCAAAGGGUGGGGGCUUAACCGGGGUCUCUCCCUACACUACAGUUCCUCCCCACCCCGGCCGAAAGCACAGUCUCGGCAGCACGGAGGCCCCCUCAGGAUUAUGGGAUGCCUCGUUCCUGAGUUUGCGGACUUUCCGCGAGGAUGGGAGCUCCCCAAAAGCACCCAAAGCACCUGGGGAGCGGAGGAGGAGGAGGAGGAAGUUCGUCUCCUUGCAGCGCUCAGGCUGCUUCCCUCCCCAGGUCUGUACAUAAACGUUGGAUAAGUUAGUGUUGCAUGUACAUUGCUAUACUCCAGAAGCCAAAGUGUAGCUCCCGCCCCGCCCUCUGAUCACUGUGCCUGCCCCACCGUUCCGUGGGGCUUCGUUUUCACCUCACCCCCAUCUUUCCCCCUAUCCUAUAGACUCACUUUGUAUCGGUUUGAUUUUAUCUCGAUUAUACCAAAGGAACCCAAUGGUUAUUAUUAAAGUUGGUAUUUCUUUA